UUUAGGCUAUGAUAAACCGUUUUAAACUCAGAUGCGUUAGGCUGAUAGGCUAUCACUGGAAAGGAGGCAGCUAUAUCGCAAACAGCGUGUCGAAAAUAGCCUAUCGAGAACGUUUCCUUAGAUUGAAGGCUAAUGAUCGAUUUUAUCCGACCUCUAGAAACAUUUGUGGAUUGGAACGCUUUUACGCAACUUCAUGAAAAUGGUCUAUGAAAACAAAUGAAAUAGCCUACGUCUGGUUUAUUGGGAAUUACAUAAUGUGGGCAACAACAGAGGAAGAGAAAAUAGGAGUGGUGAUAUGCAGCUUCCGGGGAUGUGUUUCACAUGGCCUGACACUUGAAAUUGGUGAAACUGUGCAGAUUCUAGAGAAGUGUGAAGGAUGGUAUCGAGGGUUUACUACCAAGAACCCCACAGCAAAGGGUAUCUUCCCUAUCAACCAUGUUUACCUGAAGAGGGCUGUAGUCACUAACAGAGGGCAGUAUGAGACAGUGGUACCCCUGGAGGACCCUGUUGUGGCAGAGGUGACAUCCACAUUACAGGAUUGGGCAGUUUUGUGGAAGCAGUUGUAUCAAAAACACAAAGUUGACCUCUUCUACAAGUUGUGUCAUGUUAUGAAUGAGCUGAUUGACCUGCGGAGGCAACUAAUAUUUGGUCAUCUAACUCAAGAUCAGAUCUGUGAUGUGAAGCGCCACAUAACAGUGCGUCUGGACUGGGGAAAUGAACACUUGGGCCAGGAUCUAGUCCCCAGGAAAGAAUUUGAGAUGGUUGAUGCAGACCAGAUCAGUGUAUCAGACCUCUACAAAAUGCAUCUCUCUAGCAGACACAGUGUCCAACAGAGCACGACCCAGGGAGACAGCUUGGGCCACCGGCAUGACGAAGCCUUUCGCAUUCCUGUACCUCACCAUCUUUUCAUGAACCUAAAGAGCUUCACUUACAACACCGUUGGCGAGGACACUGACAUCCUCUUCUCACUCUACGACUUAAGAGAGGGCAAGCAUAUUAGUGAGAAGUUUUUGGUGCGACUCAGCAAAAAUGGAGGCCCCAAGAACCCAGAGAAAAUGGAUCAACUGUGUGCUUUAUUCACGGAUUUGAGCAAUAAGGACAUGAAGAGGGACCUCUACAUCAUUUCACAAUUCAUAAGAACAGGCCGGAUGCUCCUGAAUGACUCAAAGAAGGGCCCACCUCAUGUACAGUAUAGGCGACCAUAUGGAUGUGCUGUGCUGGCCAUGAGUGAUGUACUACAAACCAUCUCAGAGAUGAAGGAGGAGAAGGACUUUGUACUGAAGGUUUAUACAUGCAAUAAUGAAAAUGAGUGGUGCCAAAUCCAUGAGAACAUCAUCCGCAAGUCCAGCACUAAGUACACUGCACCCAGCACAAACUAUGGACUGGUCAUCUCUCUGCAGCUGCUGAGAGGAGAGAUUGAGCAGGUCCGGAGAGAAAACCCUAUGGUUUUCAACAGAGGUGUAGCCAUCACUCGGAAGGUGGGCUUCCCUGAUGUCAUCAUGCCAGGUGACGUCCGGAAUGACCUGUACUUGACAUUAGACAGAGGAGACUUUGAGAGGGGCGGCAAAAGCGUUCAGAAAAACAUUGAGGUGACGAUGUAUGUGCUGUAUGCUGAUGGGGAGGUCCUGAAAGACUGCAUCAGCUUGGGCACAGGUGAAGCUUGUAUCACUGAAUACCAUUCCUUUGUGCUGUACCACAACAACAGUCCCCGUUGGAGUGAGAUCCUCAAGCUUCCCAUCCCUAUUGACCGCUUCAGGGGCUCGCAUUUGCGCUUCGAGUUCAGACAUUGCUCCACUAAAGAUAAGGCAGAGAAGAAGCUCUUUGGCUUUGCCUUCACCCCACUCAUGAGGGAGGAUGGAACUACGCUGACUGAUGAGACUCAUGAACUCUACGUUUACAAGUGUGAUGAGAACACUACCUUCAGUAACCAUGCCCUUUACUUGGGCUUACCUUGCUGUAAGGAUGACUUCAAUGGCUGCCCCAACAUCCCUUUGAGCGUCAUAUUCCAGCGUAGCAUCAAGGAGACAUUAUGGAUCUCAACUCAACUCUCCUCCACCAAGCUGACACAGAAUGUGGACCUGCUGGCCUUGUUGAAGUGGAAGGCUCACACUGACCAUGUGAUGGACAUCCUUGGCAGACUGCGCCACGUGAGUGGAGAAGAAAUUGUGAAGUUUCUUCAAGACAUCUUAGACACUUUGUUCUCAAUCCUGGAUGACAACACUGAAAAAUAUGGACCACUCAUCUUUCAGUCAUUGGUGUUCAUAAUCAAUCUGCUGCGGGAUAGCAAAUACUACCACUUCCGGCCUGUGAUGGACACUUACAUCCAAAAGCACUUUGCUGGCGCUCUGGCCUAUAAGGAGCUGAUUCGCUGCCUGAAAUGUCACAUGGAUCGCUCUGCAGAGGUGGUCAGACAGGAUCACAUUCAAGAUGCCAUGAAGGCUUUGGAGUACCUCUUCAAAUUCAUUGUGCGGUCACGCAUUCUAUACUCCCGUGCAACCUGUGGGAUGGAGGAGGACCAGUUCCGUGCCAGUAUUCAAGAACUUUUUCAGUCUAUUCGCUUUGUGCUUAGCCUGGACAGCCGCAGCUCGGAGACUCUAAUUUUCACUCAGGCUGCCUUAUUGAACUCAUUCCCAGCAAUAUUUGAUGAACUGCUCCAGAUGUUCACUGUGCAGGAGGUGGCAGAGUUUGUACGGGGAACCCUGGGGAGUAUGCCAAGUACAGUUCACAAUGGACCGUCCAUGGAUGUGGUGAAACUGCAGUCCAUUUCACGUACUGUGGAUAGUAGACUCUUCUCCUUUCCAGAAUCACGUAGAAUGUUACUUCCUGUGGUUCUACACCAUAUCCACCUGCAUCUUAGACAGCAGAAAGAGCUACUCAUCUGUUCCGGCAUUCUCAGUAGAAUUUUCUCCAUCAUCAAGACCAGCUCACUGGAGUGUUCAGUGUUGGAGGAUGUUGAGAUGAUGGUAGAGAGCCUGCUGGAUGUACUCUUGCAGACACUACUGUCUAUCAUGAGCAAGUCGCAGUGUCAGGAGGCGGUAAGAGGCCAACGCUGUCCCCAGUGCACGGCUGAGAUCACUGGUGAAUAUGUGUCUUGUCUCCUUUCACUGCUCAGACAGAUGACAAAUAUCCACUUCCAGCAAAUACUGGAGAACUUCCAGAGCAAGGAGGAGUUGAAGGAGCUCUUGCUGAAGAUCUUCUGUGUGUUUCGUAAUCUGAUGAAACUGAGUAUCUUCCCACGAGAUUGGAAUGUAAUGAGGCUACUUACCAGCAACAUUAUUGUAACAACAACUCAGCAUCUCUCCCCAGCUCUGCACAAGAACUUUACAGAUUCUGACUUUGAUUUUAAGGUGUGGAACUCAUACUUCAGUUUGUCAGUGCUCUACAUUAAUCAGCCCAGUCUACAACUUGAAAUGUUGAGCUCUGCCAAAAGGAAGAAAGUCCUAGACAAGUAUGGAGACAUGAGGGUUAUGAUGGCCUAUGAGCUCUUCAGCAUGUGGCAGAGCCUUGGUGAAAAUAAGAUCCACUUCAUCCCUGGAAUGAUCGGCCCCUUCUUGGGAGUGACACUGGUACCUCAAGAGGAAGUAAGGAACAUCAUGAUCCCUAUCUUCCAUGACAUGAUGGACUGGGAACAACGCAAGAAUGGCAACUUCAAACAGGUAGAAGCAGAACUGAUCGAUAAAUUGGACAGUUUGGUGUCAGAAGGGAAAGGAGAUGAGAAUUACAGGGAGCUCUUCAGUCUGCUCACCCAGCUCUUUGGGCCAUACCCCAGUCUCUUAGAGAAGAUUGAACAGGAAACAUGGAGAGAGACUGGCAUUUCAUUUGUUACAUCUGUGACACGUCUGAUGGAGAGGCUGUUGGAUUACAGGGACUGCAUGAAGGGUGAUGAAACAGAAAAUAAGAGGAUAGGUUGCACAGUCAACCUACUGAACUUCUACAAGUCUGAGAUCAAUAAGGAAGAAAUGUACAUCCGAUACAUCCAUAAAUUGUGUGACAUGCAUCUACAGGCAGAGAACUAUUCUGAGGCGGCAUUCACCCUGCUUCUGUACUGGGAGCUACUUCAGUGGGAAGAACGUCCCUUGAGAGAAUUCCUCCAUUACCCAACUCAGAGUGAGUGGCAUCGCAAAGAAGGCCUUUGCCGCAAGGUCAUCCAUUACUUCAACAAGGGCAAGUGUUGGGAGUAUGGUAUUCCUCUGUGCAGAGAGUUGGGCUUCCAAUACGAAUCGCUGUAUGACUAUCAGAGCCUUAGCUGGAUACGGAAAAUGGAAGCUGCAUUCUAUGACAACAUCAUCGAACAGCAAAGACUGGAACCUGAGUUCUUCAGGGUUGGCUUUUAUGGACGCAAGUUCCCUUUUUUCCUCAGGAACAAAGAGUUUGUUUGCAGGGGUCAUGAUUAUGAAAGACUAGAGGCCUUUCAGCAAAGGAUGCUGGGAGAGUUUCCACAAGCCAUUGCUAUGCAGCACCCAAAUCUACCUGAAGAGGCUAUUCUACAGUGUGACGCUCAGCAUUUGCAAAUCUAUGCAGUCAAUCCCAUUCCUGAGAGUGUGGAUGUCCUGCAGUUGGACCGCGUGCCUGACCGUAUUAAGAGCUUCUAUCGUGUGAACAAUGUAAGGCAGUUCCGCUAUGACAGGCCCUUCCACAAAGGCCCUAAAGACCAUGAGAAUGAAUUCAAGAGCCUUUGGAUUGAGAGGACGACACUGACCCUAACCCAUCCCCUGCCAGGCAUUUCUCGCUGGUUUGAGGUGGAAAAGAGAGAUCUUGUAGAGGUCAGCCCACUCGAGAAUGCCAUCUCUGUGUUAGAGAAUAAAAAUCAUGAACUACGCACACUAAUUAGCCAGUACCAGCACAAACAGUUGCAUGGCAAUAUCAACCUUCUCAGUAUGUGUCUUAAUGGAGUCAUUGACGCUGCUGUCAAUGGAGGCAUUGCACGCUACCAGGAGGCCUUUUUUGAUAUGGAAUAUGUUGCCAGUCAUCCAGAUGACUCUGAAAAAAUCACCGAACUGAAAGAUCUCAUGGAGGAGCAGGUGCAUGUCUUAGGUGUGGGGCUGGCUGUACAUGAGAAGUUGGUACAUCCAGAAAUGCGUCCCCUGCACAAGAAGCUGACUGACCAAUUCCAGAUGUUGCGGAGCAGCGUGUGUCAUGGCCUGGCUGGUCUGGAUAAGCUCAGCUCAGCUUCUUCAGGAGCCAGCACCCCUCGAGGUCUCUUUACUGCUCACACCCCAAUGAGUCCAGGAUCUAUCAAACUUAUUCACAGACAUAGUGAAAUGGGGAAUCUGCUCAUCUUGACCGAUGGCCUGCUUGUGGAACACCCUGAAGACCCUGUCUACCGCAUGCAGCCCAGCCCAUCCUAUUCCAGCCUCAGUUCUACUCACUCUGCCCCCUCACAGAUGAUAAAUCCAACAGGCAUCAGAGUGGGCUCCCCAUCAUUAUUGGAUAAAUACAAAAACAACAGUGAGAUGUUGAUGCUGCUGCCUUCUCAAGGAGACCGUGCAAUGUACCCCAACAUUACUGACAAUGGACAGCCAACCAACCUCCAACGGGCAUUGUUCCAUCAGGUGAUCGGUCCAUGCAAGCCUUGCAGUGAUCCCAAUCUCUCUGUGACAGAAAAAGUCCUCACUGCUCCCAGCAGCUGGAGUUUGGACAGCGGGACUCGAGAGGCACUGCCAUUUCUGUCCACCCAUGUGGGAAAUGUGAUGGCACCCCCAGUACCCCCUCGGAACCUUCCUCCUGUCACUCCUCCACCCUAUACCUGCAUUGCGCACCAGUACUCAAUCAGGCCUGGAUGGCAGUAAUUACACAUUAUCAGGCAGUGCUACAUGUAGCAGUGGGAUGUCCUCCCUGAGUGACAGCAGCUUUGGCCACACAUCCUCUGAGCUGACCACACAUGCUGGAUGCCUCUACCAUCAA